GCACAAAACGCCAUUCACCUUUGGCGCGUUUGGUUGCUGCUUCCUGUGGUGCUUCGCGUGUUUCUUCCGACUCGAACUUUCGCGUGUUGAAAUUCGCGUGCUACUCGACCGCGGGCGCCUUAUUCCGUGCGUGCGUGUAUGUGUGUGUGUGUGAUUCACAGUGGAAAUCAGUCGACUGUGCCGCGAACCGUGCUGGGUCUUUCUCCGUGUUCGGUGCUUUACAUCGCGUGAGUUUUGUGUUUUUCUGUUGUUUUCGGUUGGUUCCGCUGUUGUGACCGGUCUGUUUUGACGCAGCACAGCCUUCUGGCAGCUCCCCGUGGGGGGUUUCGAGUCGAGUCGUGAUGAUGGUUUGAUUCUGACAAUUUUCCCGCCGCGAAACGAACGCCGGAAAAUUUCACUGUUCCCCCUUGGUGGCCAACAGUGUGCUUGCGCGUGUGGUUGGGAAAUGUGUGAAUGAAAACGAAGAAAAUAGUCGUAAAAAACCUGUUUGCAUACUUUCUUAUCUCGCUCUUUGAAGGAUAAUAGUUGUGAGUCGUGUGUGUGUGUUCCGGUUGCGGUUUAAAGUGCGUUGAGUGGGUUUGUGGCCUGUUCGUUUAUGUUGGAGUGGAUAUCUUAUCAAUCGUGACCCUAAAUGCCGUUCGUGCGCAUUUAUCUGAGUGUUAUUUGUGAAUUGGGAGAAAAUUUUAAGUCACUCCAUGUGUAAUUUGUGUCGAUAUAAAGAAGAUUAGUGUGAUCGGUGCUGCAAACAAUUGUUUACAGCGAGAGGGUGAGAGGUAUAAUAACGACCAAAAGGCUUAUCUGAAGUGUGAAAUAUGCACCACAGCGACCGUGAAUGGUGAUCAAAAAUCUAUCACAAAACAAGAACUAUUUUCCUUCGCAAACUGCUCAGUGACAUCACGGCUGGUGGAUUAAAAUAAUUAAACUCAAACCUCCCGAGAUCCCUGGUUUCCCCCCACGUCCAACUUUGCAUCUCCCCCGCCGUUCACCUACGAUGGACAUCAAGUCCCUGUCCGAGGUGCAGAAGCAGAUCUUCACGAAUCUGAUCGAGAAGUUGAUCGCACGCAAUAAGUUCCCGCCGAGCGAAGCCGAGGACGUGCAGAAGCUGCUGGAGAACGUGCGCGAUGCAAAGAAUUUCCACAAGAUCAUGGAAAAGCUAAAGGAAUGCGGCCAGCUGGACGUCGACAUUGAGGAAAACUUUCGCGAAGAGAAUGGCAUUUUCCUAAAAGAUACGGCGAAAAAGCUCGGAGCCGGCGGUCAAACGCUCACACCGCGCCACACGAUCGACGCAAUAUUAGGUUUGAAUAAUUGUGACAAUGGAGGCGACUCUAGCGAUGCAACUGAUCUGAGCGCGUCUCCCCUGAGCCAGAUGAAGCUGUGCGAUCAGCAGCAAAUGAUGGCCAAAGCGCAGCUACCCGUCACGUACGGGUCCCUCGGCAGUCCCUCCAGCCCGGACAAGUAUCAGCAACAGUUAGCCAAUUACCAGAGCCACAUCAAGUCGCUGGACCUCGUUGCGGCCGCCUCGCUGGCCGAUCCUUCCUCGCCGCAGAGCGCGCUCCACCAUCAGCUCCCGUCCCAUCACCAUCUGCACCAUCAUCACAAUCAUCAGCAUCCGUCGGCCGUACCUCACCUUCAUCAGCAUCCUGCCCACCAUCAGCACCAUGCACACCUUCAGCAGCAUUUGCAUCAGCAACAGCAGCAACAGCAGCAUCUGGCCCAUCCCCACCAAUUGCCUUCGCCGACGCAUCAGCCCCAGCACCAGCUCGCGCUGCACCAUGCACAGCAUCCUGCCCUGGGCCAGCAGCCACCCCAUCCGUCCCUGGCCGAGCUCGAGUACAUGAAGACACUCAAGGAGACGAACAAAUACUUCAUCGAUCGCAACUACCGAUCGGCCGCCUCGUUGGGUUACGGGCGCGGAGGUGCCGAAGGUCCCCCGGACGAAGGCACCACGGUAGGUGGUGGAACCGGCGGUGGAGGAGGCGAGUACGAGGAGGAUCUUUCAUCCCCAACCGGCGCCGGCGGUGGCAGUGGUAGCGGCAGUCUAAAGCGCAAAUACGAUCGUACGAGAGACGGCGAGGAGCGGCCGGGAGGAAAUGGCGGAAAUGGCGACGGUGGCGGCGUCCUGCUGCCCGACGGCUCCGAAAGCAAUCCGACGUCCGACAGCUCCAUUAACAAAUAUAAUAAGCUGCAUGAGUCAGCCGAUAAAUCAAUUAGGGCUAAUAGUUUCGAUUAUAUGAAAAAUUUCGACGAGCUCCGGGCCCGACAGGCUGCGGCCUACGAAGCGGAACAGCAGCAUCAUCAUCAUCAGCAGCAGCAGCAGCAGCAACAGCAUCACCACCAACAGCUUCAGGUUCUUCACCAACAGCAGCAGCAGCAACAGACACAACAACAACAGCACCUUUCGCAAUCACAACAUCCGCAACAGACAUCGCCAUCGUCGGGGCAGCACGGUUCCUCGGCCGGCGGCAACCCGGGGACAGACGACUACAACCCACACCGACAGUCGACGGACAGCGGGCCGGACAAGGGCACGGACGAUGGUGGUGUGAGUUACGCGUCCAGCGAAGAGCUCAACCAAACGACGUCCAGCGAGCAGGGCGAAAAGGUGGGCUCCGGUAGUGACGAUGAAGGAGGAGACGAUAAUUGUUCGAAAAAGAAGCAUCGCCGGAAUCGGACCACUUUCACCACCUACCAGCUGCACGAGCUGGAACGAGCCUUCGAGAAGAGCCACUAUCCGGAUGUCUACUCGCGCGAGGAGUUGGCGAUGAAAGUCAACUUGCCGGAAGUACGGGUGCAGGUUUGGUUUCAAAAUCGGCGAGCAAAAUGGCGCCGGCAGGAGAAGUCGGAGAGCCUGCGGCUAGGGUUGUCCCACUUCUCGCAGCUUCCCCACCGGCUGUCCUGCAACGGGGGCAAUCUUCCGGUCGAUCCGUGGCUGUCACCGCCCCUGCUAUCGGCACUACCAGGGUUCCUGUCGCACCCGCAAGGAGUCUAUCCGAGCUACUUGACGCCUCCGCUUAGCCUCAACCCGUCCAACCUCGGCAUGACCAACCUCGGCCUGGGACACCCGAACGGCCCCCAGAAUCUACGCAUCUCCCCACAAAGUAUGGCCGCCAUGUCGCCGCAGAUGACGCCCGGCAACAUGCGUCUUUCGCCGCCGCACGUUAACGGAUCGCUGGGAGGCCCCCAAAACCUUUCGAUGCCCCAUCAACCGGGUCCCCACGGGCCACAACCUCCAACGCCACGCCAUUCACCGCUCGAAGGACCGAUGGGAAGUUUGGCCGGUUCACAGCCUCCACCGCUACCCCCAACCGCCGGCUCCACACCCAUCACCAUACCGAUUUCAUCGCCCCAAAACCUUUCCCUAACUCCACCGGGACUACGCUCACCACCGCCCGGUGCAACGACGGCCUCCUCCCAGGGCCAUCACCAGUCGCUCAGCCCAAACUCGCCCUCCCCGACGGGGCUUAAGAUGGCCAAACUGACCCCGAUCGAUCCCGGCUCGGACGGCGAUACACCCGCCACAGCCGACACGUCCAAAGCGGCCCCAACUACGGCAUCGAGCGCAUCGAGCGCGGCACUCAACAUGACCGUCCCCCAUCACCACUCGUCCGACAUGCGCACCAACUCGAUCGCGACGCUGCGAAUCAAGGCGAAGGAGCAUCUGGAGAACUUGAGCAAAGGCAUGACCACGAUGGUGUAAUACAUGGUGGCUUCACCUACCAAUGAUGUGUGUUCCUGUACAUAGUGUAAGCGAAAUUAAGCAGAAGGACAGAGCGUAAUUUAAUGAAUCAUGUCGACUAGGCUAGAAUUAAGCGUAGGAAAACUCGAACCAGCACUAAACUAACAUGUGAUCAGGAAAGCAGGUGUUUUGUUUGUAAAUAGAAGGUAAUAAACCGAACUUGAUCAUGAACGCGUUCAGAAAAAAACCCACAGCAAAGCAUAAAGAGGCAGCAUAGAGGGAUGAAGUAAGCUAAUUGUAAAUAUGUUUCAUUUCUAGCUUAAACCAAAUGCAAUCGGAGUUUUUCAGUGCGAAUAAAACCACAAACCAUCCCUCGGUAGGCUUAAUUUAACGUAGACAAUUGUAUGACCAAGCCGCCAUGCAGCAGCAGUCGUGCGACACAUCACGUUCCCUGUGGGCAAAAGACUGCUUUCUCAAAGCUGGAGUUGCUUUUGGAUGAAAUAAAAGAAACAAACAAAAAAAAAACAAUAACGGAAGGAAUUGUUUCUGCUUUCUUUAAAUCAGCUCGGCCACCAUUUCACACUCAAACAGGGAGAGAAGAAAAUAAAGCCUUUGUUUCGAAAAU